UUGGAGUACAUAUAACCUUAGGACACAUACUGCACAUUUGCUACAUAAUAAUGUCAAGCUUGCCAUUAAUGUUACAAACACCACUGUCAAAAAAUAAAAGAGCAACAUUCUUCCCUCUUAGAAAUCUUGCCAUACAUAUCCUGUUUGCUUAUGUCGCGUGUAAUCAUCAUUAUUUAGUAUCUCUGUCUAGGCACACUGUGCUUUAUCAGGAAAAAAAUGAAAUAAAGGGAAAGGCGAUGAAGCGGUCUGGUUACUUAUUCAUCUGUAUUUUAAGUUGUCUACAGAGGGCAAAAGGGAAAGAAAAGGCGGAAGUGCCAGAGUUAAUUAGUAAGGCGUGAGUCCCCAGAGGCGUAGGGCCACUGCGAGCUGCGACGAAGGCGAUCCUGGCUGAAGACACGCACAAGGCAGCUCCGCACAAAGGGACGGACUUGCGACCAUUUACGUUCAUAGAAGAGCAUCUUCAAGCUCCUUCGCGUUCUCAAGUUCUCCUGUUCGGCAUUUUCACGUUCUGCAGUUCCUCGGAUUAUUUAACGUAUUCCAGGUAUCGGGGUCGCGCUUCCUAUCACACGCACACACACAACCUGCAAUUUGAUCGUAUCCCUCUGGAAAAAACGUGAGGAGCUGCAACCUUUCCAACGGGGACGGAGAAUGCAUGCCUGAGGUUUUUCUUUCGACUCCAAACUAUUUCAAGCAAGGGAUGCCUUUGUUUAACUAGUGCACUUGGCAAAUCUUUUCUCUAUGUAGGACUUUAAGAGGGACGCUGCAGAAGAAGACGGCUUCAUGCAUUAAAACUUCAGCAAUUUGGAUCUCCAUCGGUACCGGGCAGCAUUUACUGGGGAAAAAUAAAAAGUGCCACUUUCUCUUCAGACUGGUAAAAGUUCUUUGUACUUUUGUCCGUUAUUUUGAUUCAGUCAUGUAGGAAAUCGUGAUAACAAUGCAUUAUAAAUUACUCCACUUUCCUACCUCUUUUAAAACGUUAUCUUUUUUUAAUCCAGGGGAAAAUAGAAACUUUCUGGCAGCUUUUACAAGCCCUGAGUUCUGUUGUAAAAUCUGCUUAUGAAGAAUGAAUUAUUUAACACCCACGAUCCAACAAUUAAAAGAUUGUAUUGCCUGCCGCCACGUUCACUUAUCUUCAAAAGGACCUUGCAAUCAAAGGAAGUGAUUAUAAUCAUUAAAGCAGAAAGAAAGCAACCUCGGUGGAAGGAGCGCAAAUAUUCAUUUAGAAGAUGUGCUCAAACAAGUCAACACUAAUAAUUAGGAUAUUGGAGUCAAGGGGGCGAUGUUUGUGAUGCGUGUAUAAUCAAGCACAAUAGGAUUAUUUUUUUGUUGGGGAUUAACACAAUCAAGUGGAAUAUAAUUAUGAAGUAUGAGUUAUAUGCCCCGGGGGAAUCAGUACCGAUGUGAAAAUUUUGAAAACAUAAAUAAUAUCAAACUUACGUCACACAACAGUCUCAACUAAAUGCGGCCAUGUGACAAAAGAGAUGCGGUUCUCCGGUUCAUCAGGUGCUGGGACACUUUAUUUUACUUUGAUUAAAACUUGUUUUACAUUCAACACCUACGAUCAAGCACGGAAUGAAAAAUUCUAAACCUUGAUGGAUUAUCGGCAGCGUUUUCUUCUCUGUGCGUUUACUUACUUGUAGCUUUGAGCAGAGGUCAGAUCAGCAUGCCUUCAAAAAUUGAACCUUACUUUAAAAUAUCUUCGUAAAUUACUUUCGCACACUCCUUUAUUAUUUUUAGUUAACAAAUAUUUUAAUAAAGGCAGGACUUGUUUUACUCAUGCUACUUGCGAUAUCGCUAGAAGACUGAAGAUGUGCACCGUUAUCUCUUGGAAUCCAAGCGGCCGUGUGUAAGUGCCGUCGGAAAAAGCGUGGCGCUUCAGACACGGAAGGAGAAUCCCUCUGCCAAAAGGCUGCCACCUUAUUCAAUUAAGCACACAGCAAACUACUCACUUCGGCACCUCAUCCCUACCAGACGUGGAUGGUACUUGCGAAAGAAACGGACGGGGCUGCAGGAAUCUUAAAAGAAGGCACCACAACGGAGUGAAUCAAGAAAAGUCGGUUUUCUCAUAGGCUCUACAGCAACAUCAAGUACUUGACAUGGCCCCUCCUCCUCCUGCCAACAAACCUCAUGUCUGCAUGUCAGCUAUUGUAAUCAUGUCUACCAUGGCAGCUAUGGAUGUUUAUCUAGUUGAACAGAAUUUGGGACCAAAGAAGAUUGGAGUGUGCAUUAUGGUGCUAGUGGGGGAUCUGUGUUUCCUUAUUGUCCUGAGAUAUGUGGCUGUAUGGGUGGGUGCUGAAGUAAGAACAGCAAAAAGGGGAUAUGCGAUGAUCCUUUGGUUCCUGUAUAUUUUUGUCCUGGAGAUCAAACUUUAUUUUAUCUAUCAGAAUUACAAAUCAGACAAGCGAGUUCCAGAUCCCUUAGCAAGAAAAACUCUAACAUUACUUCUUUCCAUUUGUAUCCCAUCACUUUUUAUCAUCCUGGUAGCAACUGACCAUAUGGAAUAUGUCCGUGCCUUUCGCAAAAAGGAGGACCUGAGAAACCGUCUUUUUUGGGUGGUUAUAGAUCUCUUAGACGUUCUUGAUAUUCAAGCUAACCUCUGGGAACCACAAAAAAAAGGUCUGCCUUUGUGGGUGGAAGGACUGAUGUUUUUUUACUGUUACAUCUUGCUCCUGAUCCUUCCUUGUGUUUCCCUGAGUGAAAUCAGCAUGCAGGGAGAAAAUAUCAUUCCUCACAAGAUGAUGGUUUAUCCAGUCCUAAGCUUAGUCACAAUCAACAUUGUGACACUCUUUAUCCGUGGUGGGAAUAUGCUUUGGUAUCAGGAUCCAAGAGUAUCUACUGUAUUUCUUGGGAAGAAUGUCCUGGCAAUCAUAAUCAAGACCUGCACAGUACUCCAGUAUCAACGGCACCUUAUGGAUGCUUCUCAAGGAAUGGGAUCUGAACUUAAUCAGAAUUCUGUAAGCCAGAACAAUACAAUCCCGGGCUCCCUCACAGUUUCACAUAACCAGACACCAAAUCAUACUCUUUCAAAUGGAGAUAACUCAGAAGACUCUAUUGGCCCCUCUUUCAUUUCUAGGGAAAUGUAGACUCUGCAUUUCCUGAUCACUGCUGAGAAGAGAUAAGCCACAAGGCUUUCAUUUAUAGUACUACACUGUUUCCUCUUGGUUUACCAGAGUGUACUGGUAAAGUUCAGUAUGUUCACUGGACAACAAAUUAUGAACUACUCAAAAAGAUUCUAAACAUCAGUAUCGGUACUAUGUUACUAACUUUACAAUUAAAAGGAAUCUGGAAUUUCUACGAUGAUAAGUGAUAAUUAAAUUCAGUAUCUUGAUAAUCAUUACAAACAAUCAAAAACAAUAUACAACUAAAAUGCUACAUAUAAUCAUUGUAAUUUAUGAUUUUCAGAUUCUUUGUCCUUAAGAGAGACAGAAUAUAAGUGUUAUUUUUUGCAACAAAAACAAAAACACCUCAAAUGAAAUUGGAAAAAGAUUUAGAAAAACUGACUAUAGUAGGUAACUUUAACUGGAAUUCUGUUCAACUCUGCGAUAACAUUAGCAUUUAGAAAUGUACUCUAAAAUGUGUAAUUAUUGCAUUUAAAGGGCUUCAUGGGAUCACUAAGCAUUUCAGUAAGGACAAUUUAAUGACCAGCUAUGCAAAAACCCUGCAAAAGGACUGACAAAUGCUCAUCAAAGCUAAGAAUAAAUGAAUGAAACAAUGCCCAUUAAAUGCACAGAGGGAUUUGUUUCACACUUCUUUAAAUGGGUUCUGUUUUCCCAGAACGCAAGUAUCAAUAAAGGCCGUUAUGGGUCUGAACAUUGCACCUCAGUUAUAGAAGUGGUCAAAUCCAUACUGUGACCUUUUGAUUAGUGAACAAUGUCUUACCCUAUCAAUGCACUGCUGCCUUUUUUCACCAAGUUUAAGUAGAGAUGCAAAACACAAAUACAGCAGUAAAACAAGAAUGACAAAUACCAACCAAAUUUACUUUUCUAAAUAUUACCUAACUGGUCCCAAUUAACAUACAAAGACAAAACUUUAAACUAUAUUUUAACCAGUAAAAUGGACUUUGGAUUAGGCAUGCAGUCUGUCAUUUAAAGAUAAACCAAAGCAGAGUCUAAUCACUCAUGUACUGUAAUGCCAAGUGAGAGGAACACAGAUACUAUACUAUUCCUGUGUCUUGUAAAUGGACAGAAUACACUUUCUCCAUCACUAACAGUUUCACCAGCCUCCAGCCUCAAAGCAGUACAAGAACACUGUUUUUAAACCCUCUAAAAGAGUCAGAUUUCAAGAUUUCAUCUUCUACUCUCAAGAGCCUACCAAAAAUGUAAAUGAUGGGCACUAACAUUAGAAGCCUAUAAACAAUUCUAAAAUCUGUCUUGGGAUAAAACUAUUUCAGGUGUGGUUAUUGAUUUUAUUGUAUACUUUUCAUUAUAUGUUAAGAAUUUGGCUGAUGUGCAAUUGCAAAAAGAGAGUGAUAUUAUUCAUUGUUUAUGCCUUUCCAAAUAUAUUUUUAAUGAUGGUCUUUAAAUUAACUGGGACACCUGACAUUCCCUAGGGUUAAAUUAUAAUAUUAUGUGUAUAAGUGCUGACAGAGAAUUCAUAAAUGUGAGACUUUUUCCUAUUUGUGCAGCUUAAGGUAUGUAAAUAUUGUACUAAUGCCUUGAAGGCAGCAUUUCUAGCUUGUUUAUCCUAAAGGUUUGUCUGUGUGUUGUUCUUUAUUUAUUUUCGUACCUGAAUAAUCAAUUUAAGAUAAUUGGUUUGAUCUAAAUUUUGUAGCAUUUUAUUUAUGUACUUGUCUAUUCUUAAAAGUUUUAAAUGCUUUUAUUAUUGUAUUCAUCCCAUAAAAACUAAGAUGCCAGUCUUCUGGUUCAUCAUCUGUCAUUUAAAUAAAAACUAGUAACUCUGGUUGUGGAAAACAAAAGCAGUGAAUCCUAUGUAAUUCAGCGCCCAAUAAAGCAAUCUGUUUCUCAGGCUGA